ACGAGCCAGUGACACGAGCCUGCCACCGUGGCUAUCCCAGCGGCUUCUGGCCGCGGCGCCAUGGCGCUUGUGUCGGCCGCAUGGCCAGCGCUGCUUCUCACACUGCUGGCGCCUGCCGCUUCGGGACACGGCCACGUCUUCCUUCUAGAGGCAGAAACGACCACAGCCGACUCUCAGCAGAACACGAGCUCAGUCCAGCCACCAGUGCAGCCGGGCAACGCGUCGUCGCUCGUGUUCCCCUCGUGCACCACCGACGCCGGCUGUCCCGGGGCCCUGAUGUGUGUGGAGGGGACGUGUGGCUGCCCCUUCUCGCGCCCAGUGCUCAUCCUGGGCGGCAGCGGCAAGCAGAGGCUGAGCCCCCUGUGCGAGCCUCUGCGAGGAGUGCACGAGGCGUGCGUGUGGUCCGAGCAGUGCGCCGCCGCUGAUCCGGGCCUCGACUGCAGGAAGGGCCGCUGCCAGUGCGUCGGAAGGCCGUCGCCAUGGGGUGGAGUCUGCAGAGCACUGGACGGUAUGUGGAGCCUUCCAUCAUGGCUACCGACGACGACCGCUCGACAUAACCGGCUCCAACACCUGCUGCCACUUCGACUACCUAUAUCGCACUUUCCACUCCCGGUGACCCUGGUGUAUUCUCGGGAAAAGAUGAGAAGACGUCGAGGACAUGGGUCAGUCUGUACGAACGCGUCAGCACCAAUAACUGGAAGCGUCACAAAGCCACUCAUAUGGGCAUCCUGCUUUGCCGUCAUCGCUCUCAUCGUUGCGGGCUUAAUGUUCUGCUUCGCCCAGCCGCCAAACCGCCACAAUUCGGCCUGCUUCUCCGAGUCGUGCCUUCUCUCGCCGUCGACCGGAAGCGUGUUGAACAACCUGGCCGCGCAGCGCCUUCUCUUCUCCCGUCGCAAGACGGACAGCGCGGGCGACUCGCGCAGAACGAGCGUCGGCAGCAGCGUGCGCCGCGGUUCGGCGCCUCGCGAGGGCGCCCACUGCACAGGCGCCAGGAACCUGUCGGCCGCCAGCAGCUGCAAGGCGCCGCCUCCUUUGCCACGCGGCUUUCUCUCCUGCCACGGGCUGCAGCAGCCCCUGGAUGAUCCCCGCGGAGACCUGGGCCGCAGCUCGUGCAGCCUGACUGCGGAAGGGGCGAGCUGGCCGCCCGUCGUGCUGCUCGAUCGGUCAGAGACGAGCCUUGAGCUGCAGGUUAUCUCCCUGGACACCCUAAACGCGCCGCUCGCUUCGGUACAUUCACUGCGACGGGCCAGUGCACCUGCCUUGGUCCUGAGUCCCUGCAGAAGCCAGGCGGACGCGUCCCAGGCGGUCGCAUCUUCACCGCACGUGCGAUCGGAAGGCGGCGAACCGGCGGCAGCGCCCCCAGCGGUAGCGCAGAGUGUCGGCCAUGACUGGGCCUCGAAGCUGGGCGAGCAGCUGGCCAACGAUUCGUACGGCUUCACACUGGACAUCUCGCAGUCGUCGCUGCCGGCCGUGCUCUCCACCGUGUCGGGCGCCGUCGAUGCCGAGCAGCGAAGGGCCAGCAGACAAAGCCGGCUGCGCAGGAAUAUCUCCGAGUCAUUACGCCGUGAGCUGGCCGACGCUUGGCGAUGCAGCGGUACCCUGCCUUCUUCGCGACUCCUGCUACAGCCUCCUGUAUUUAUAUCACCUGACCACAUCAGCUCGGCUGCGGAGUCACCAGGGAGCGACUGAAAGCACCUCCGCUCACAGUGCAUCGUCAGCAAUGGCAGCAGAAUAGAAACUGGAGAUACUAAUGCAGCAAUGUUUCACACAACGUUCCGAAAGUGAACAUUCCCGGAAUAGAUGUUAUGCCGCGCCUGUAUCGUAAGAAAGCGUGAUGUCUCUUUAAAGAAGACGUGUCCCAUACUCGCCACUGAAACGCACAAAGGGGGACAGCCUAGCACGCCCCGUUUUUUUUCUUUUUUUGCGUUGCAUGCCAUGACAAUGUCUUUAUUUUAUGCUUGUAAUGUGAUUCAUUUGUUUUACCGCCACUUAUGGGAUAUCACGAAAACCAGGACGUCGGCAGUCGCCGUAGCGUUGUUUAUUGCGACCAAUGGUCACUGUUCCUAUAUUACUUGGUACGGUGCCCUUACAAUUGCACCUAAACAUUGCACUAGUUCCCUGUAGAAUGCCCAAGAAACCAUCAAUCCAGUUUCAGUGAUCA